AUGGCUUUGUCUUGUGUCAUUGCUGUUCCUACCUUUCGUAAAACGCUAAAGUACCCGAACAGCCAUCUUUCGCCAUUCGCUCAACACGAGUCUAAUCGAGACCCCACGAGAGCUGCGCAAGCUGUCAAGCUCAGCAUUCUUGCGUUUUACCACAAUCUAUUCAUUGCCAGUGAAACAUUUAAGAAAGCGGUAUACGCAACUGCAACGUUGUGCAUCGUCUGGCUUAUUGUCGCCACCGUCAUUGUAUUGGUGCAAUGCCGUCCUAUUAACGCAUUCUGGGACCUCUCAAUAGCUUCGCCAUCAUCUCCAAUGGUCUGCUAUCCCUCCGCGACUGUGAUCCUGGGCUACGAGAUAUCGAACCUACUCAUCGAUGUCAUCAUCCUCCUUCUACCCGUUGUGAUGGUUUGCAGACUCCGAUUACCUACCUGGCGGAAGGUGUUAGUCGCCGCAAUCUUUCUCCAAGGAGGCUUCAUAGUGCGCAUAACAAGAGUAUGGAGACCACCAAACACAGCAAUCAACAUACACCUUCCCACUGCCCUUCUAUGGACAAACAUCCAAUAUGGCGCUGCCGUUAUUUGCGCAUGUCUGCCAACGUAUGGACCGCUCCUGAAAUCCGGCCCAGUAUCCCGUGUUGCAAAACGCAUAUUGAACUCAUGCCGUAGAGAGAAACGGAACCACGUUUCUUUUCAUUCAUGGCUAAAGCCAGGAAGUGGUCACGAUACAAGUUCGGUGUCCAAGGAUGUGCACGAUCAGCGGUUACGCUAUGAUAUCGAAAGUUGCAACGAUGAGUACUCCUGCAAAACGAUCGGUGACGGACAGAGCGAUAUUGCACGGAGUCGAAUGUCAUUGAGUGAUGAUUUAGCUGGGAAGGCAAUUAACUGA